AUGGCCCACGAAUCUCUAAACCCCAUCCACCCCUCCGUCCUCCCCCACCUCGACCCCGUCUUUGUCGACCUCUACAACACGCACGUUGCCAAUACACCCAACAAACCAAUUGACCUCGCAAUCCUCCGAUCAAAGUACUCUGUGCUGUAUUCAUACGGGACAGGCCCCACGCCGAAACCAGCGCGCGUCUACGAUUCUACCGUCACAGGACACAACGGUGACCUCAUUCCGUGUCGCGUGUAUGAACCGGAUACCCCGGGGCCCUGGCCUGUGCAUGUUGACUUUCACGGAGGUGGCUGGGGCCUCGGCGACCUCGACACGGAAUCACACAUCUGCGCACACAUCUGCGUCAAGGCGCGCUGCGCCGUAAUCGACAUCGCCUACCGCCUCGUCCCCGAACACGCCUUCCCAAUUGGAAUCCAAGACUCGUUCGCGGCCCUCGUGGACAUCUCCACCUCCGGCAGCGAGAGAUUCAACAUCGACCCGGCGCGCAUCUCCAUCGGCGGCGUUUCGGCCGGCGGCAACAUUGCGCUCGUCUGCUGCCAUCUUGCACGGGACAGGACCCCGCCCAUCCCGAUCCGCCUCGCGGCCGUGGGAACGCCCGUUAUCGACGACAUUUCACGGUACGGGAGCGCGGCUGACUCGCCGUUCCCUUCGAUGCGGGAGAUGGAGCAUGCGCCGACCCUGAACUGGGCGCGAUUGAAGUGGUUUGAUACGCUAAAGUGGCAAUCGUUAUCGGGGGAUCCGGAGGUGCGAAGAAGGCAGGUGGAGGAGAUUGGGUGGUGGAGGGAUCUCCUCUCUGCGGGGGAUUACAGGGGACUGCCGAAGACGGUGCUUUAUACGGCGGGGUGUGAUCCGUUGAGGGAUGAGGGGGAGGCGUAUGCGAGGAAGCUUGUCGAGGCCGGGGGCGAGGUUGUGAUGAAGAGGUUUGAAGGUGUGCCGCAUCCGUUUAUGCAUAUGGAUAAGGAUCUGUGGCAGGCAAAGGAGUUUAUUGAUUUGACGGCCAAGCAUAUCCGGGCUGCGUUGCAUGAUGAUUGA